CAUGUAUCAAGCAUCGCAGUCUCUCUGCAAUUACGUUGUUCACAAGGCAGACGGGCCGCCGAUCACAGUUGUGGAAUUCCUUAACACAUUGGAAUGCCCAGCCUCAAUCCUGAAUGCAGCGCAUGCCCAUGAGCUGCUGAAGAAAGCCCAAGAUCUUGAGAACGUCUGUCGAUCCACCAAGGAGGAAUGCCGUCAACGCCUUCAGCAGGCCUUUGUUGAUUUGAAGCAAGCUGAACUUCAGCUUUUUGAAGUUGAGCUUUACAUCGGAUGUAUCCAGUUCAUGGCAUCGAAAGCUGGAGUAGCCCUGCCAGCCCCUCACAUUGAUCGCCCUCCAUCCACUGUUUUGGUUGAAGGAGCAUUGCACACUAUCAAAUUAAAGGGGAACGGCAGUCUGUCAGUCACUCUGGACUG